AUGAAUUCUAUUUUUAACUGUAUGGAACGAUGUACUAUUAAUCAAGUAAAUAAUCAUCUAAAUCCAAAUGUUCUGGAUCCAUCUAUAGAUCAUACAGUUCGUAAUUCAUCAGGACAUUAUUAUUAUUGUGAUCCAACAGGAGCAUCUGGCUCUGUUUAUAUGGUUAGACGGGCAACAAAUGUUUUACCAAAUACAAAAUAUGAAUUUUCUGCGUGGUUUUGUUCUAUGCUUCGUGAUUUUGCUGUGGAAUGGCCAGCUACAGUACAAUUAUCAGUAAAUGGCGUUGUCAUUUCAAAACAAUUAAUUUUGAGAUAUUCACCACAUAAAUGGAUAUUAUUAAACGGAGCAUGGAAUUCAGGUUCAAAUACAAAUGUCAUUAUGUCUAUUGAUACAAUCGAUCCAAUAGUUUCUGGACAUGAUUUUGCUAUUGAUGAUAUCAGUUUUGUCGAAAAGAUUUGA